UUAAGGCCUGACAGUCGUCUUUCCGCUGGCGCAUGCGCGGAAGGCGGUCCUUCUCGCUCUCUUCUCCCGAGCAGCAGUUGUUGAAUGUGGCCACCCCCAACAUCCCUGAAUAUGUAUACUUGUGCAAAAUUCAUUUCUGCCUCCACCCUGGUGAGGAACAGUUCCACGUUUUUGUGCAGGCCUCUCUCUGCCUCUGUGCUGAACAGACCUCAAGUCAGGACAGAUAAGCCCUGCUGCCUUUCAGGUUCUCAAAAUGCAGCUUUGCCACUGUUGCAUCGGGAGUUCCAAACAAGUGCUGUGUCCAGGGACAUUGAUACUGCCGCCAAGUUUAUUGGUGCUGGCGCUGCAACCGUGGGUGUAGCUGGCUCUGGUGCUGGCAUUGGAACAGUAUUUGGCAGUCUCAUCAUUGGCUAUGCCAGAAAUCCCUCACUGAAGCAGCAACUCUUCUCCUAUGCCAUCCUGGGUUUUGCACUCUCUGAGGCCAUGGGGCUCUUCUGCUUGAUGGUAGCAUUCCUCAUUCUCUUUGCAAUGUGACAAAACCAGAUGCACUACUUGUGACAUGAUCUUCCUUUCUUCUCCGUGUUUAGUCUAAUGUGUACACUGAGCUGAGCAUUUUGUGGGAGAGAGGGGAAGCCCACCUGUAACCAAUCCUCCCUGUUCACUGGGGGCAAGUGAAUAAAUACAGCAUUGGUAUACAUUU